GCUAAUGCGUAUAUUUGAUCCGCGGUCACACUGACAUCUACUUUAUUUUCAUUUUGUCGAUGAAAUUAAAUUUAUUUAAAAAAAUUGUGAAAUAGUGGUGAGCCACUGUUAAAUAGGAGGCCCGCCAAGAUGUCGCGCCACAGGAUUGUACGGACGAUGGACUACAACGACGAAUACGAUGAUGCCCAACAGUGGCUCUACGACCGGGAGCGCGGCAGGCAGAGCAUCUCCGCGUUCAUCAGCAAGAACAAGGACAUCAAGGAGGAGGGGGAGCACGACGACGAAGCCGAGGACGAGGCCUACGAGAAGGCCAGACGCGACUCGGAGAGCUUCCAGAUGCCCGAACUGGACGAUAUGGAGCAGGCCAAGCUGAGCUCAUGCGUGGACGAGGUGCGGAGUGUGGUGGGCGACGCCGUGUCCGAGCGCCGCAUUGUGGAGACCUCCAUGAAGUUUGACUACGACAUACAGAAGAUUCUGGACGAUAUUCUGAACGAGGAGACCAAGAAGUCGGCAAAGCCUGCGCUGCGACCGAAGGUGCCGGUCCCCAUUGCGGCGACGACCGUGAAGUAUGCCAGCAAGCCCACGCCCCCGGCAAAGAUCAGCCUGAAGGAGCCCCGGCGUGGCUUUGAAAUUGCUUCUCCCAAGCUGCCGUCCUCCCCUGUGGUCUCCGGCAGGAACACACCCGUGGAGGUGGGCGAAAACGAUUUGUCACGCACAUCCGCCAGCCUCUUCAAGGUGUCCAAGGACCAGGCCCAACGCAACGCCCAGCAACUGUACGAGAAGGAGCGAUCCGACCAGAAGAGCCACAUCCACAUGAUCGUCAUCGGCCAUGUGGAUGCGGGAAAGAGCACGCUGAUGGGCCACCUGCUCUACGACACGGGCAACGUGUCGCAGCGCGUGAUGCACAAGCACGAGCAGGAGUCCAAGAAGCUGGGCAAGCAGAGCUUCAUGUACGCCUGGGUUCUGGACGAGACCGGCGAGGAACGGGCCCGAGGAAUCACCAUGGACGUGGGCCAGUCGCGCAUCGAGACAAAGACAAAGAUUGUGACGCUGCUGGAUGCGCCUGGCCACAAGGAUUUCAUACCCAACAUGAUCUCCGGUGCCACACAGGCGGAUGUGGCCCUCCUGGUGGUGGAUGCCACGCGGGGCGAAUUCGAAUCCGGCUUCGAGUUGGGCGGACAGACGCGCGAGCAUGCCAUCCUGGUGCGUUCGCUGGGAGUCAACCAGCUGGGCGUGGUCAUCAACAAGUUGGACACUGUCGGCUGGUCCCAGGAGCGAUUCACGGAGAUUGUCACCAAGCUGAAGUCAUUCCUAAAGCAGGCGGGCUUCAAGGAGUCGGACGUCAGCUUCACGCCCUGCUCUGGUCUGACCGGCGAGAAUCUCACCAAGACGGCGCAGGAGGCCGCACUCACCAGCUGGUACAGUGGUCGCCCCCUGCUGGACGUGAUCGAGAACUUCAAGAUACCGGAGCGCGCCAUCGACAGGCCGCUGCGGAUGUCCGUCUCGGAUAUCUACAAGGGCACUGGAUCGGGAUUCUGCAUUUCCGGGAGAGUUGAGACUGGUGUGAUGUGCGUGAAUGACAAGGUGCUGGUCGGCGCCAGCCGGGAGCAGGCGCAGGUCAAGGUCCUGACCAUGGACGAGUUCUCCCAGACGAGCGUCUUUGCGGGCGAUCAGAUUUCGGUAACGCUGGCCGGCGUGGAUAUCAACAACAUAACCGUCGGCUGCAUCAUCAGCGACCCGCAGACACCCAUUCCCGUGACGACACGCUUCCAGGCCCGCAUCAUCGUCUUCAGCGUCAAGGUGCCCAUCACCAUGGGCUAUCCGGUGCUGCUCCACCACCAGUCGCUCAUCGAGCCGGCUGUGGUCUGCAAGCUGACUGCAUCCAUACACAAGAGCACCGGCGAGGUGGUAAAGAAGAAGCCGCGUUGCCUGGGCAACAACUCAUGCGCCCUGGUCGAGCUGGAGACGAGUCGCCCCAUUUGCAUAGAGCGGUACGCCGACUUCAAGGAACUGGGCCGCAUCAUGUUGCGGGUGGCUGGAGUGACGAUUGCCGCUGGAAUGGUCACAAAAAUACGCUGAAGGGGCUGCUGAAUUUUAUAAAUUUUAGUUACACAUUAAUUUUUGUUUGUUUUUCUAAAUAUAGUUUGAAAACAC